GAGAUGGCCAUCAGUGGCACCAUCCCCACCAACCAUAUGUUGGAUAUGUUGAAAUGCAUGGAAACAAAAUUCUAGAGAAAAUAAGGAGGGAUCCUAAAGAUAGAAUAGGAUUACAGCUAGACGUCCUUGGCCUGUACUCCUACAAACACCCACCGAGAAUCCAUGCAAUCAGUGCUACUCGCAUUUGUUUGCUUCCAUUUUGCUCAAAACAAGUCUUGCAAAGCCCAUUCUUCUCUUCACCCUGCAACCGUGUUUCUCUGCAUCCUGCCAGCGCGCGCGUGUUGUGUUGAGAGUUGAGAGUUGAGGCGCUCCGAUGGCUGAGCUGAUGGCCACCAUGGUUGUCGGCCCUCUCGUGUCCAUGGUGAAGGAGAAGGCCUCCAGCUACCUCUUGGACCAGUACAACGUCAUGGAGGGCAUGGAGGAGCAGCAUGAGACGCUCAAACGCAAGCUGCCGGCCAUCAUGGAUGUCAUUGCUGACGCCGAGGAGCAGGCGGCAGCCCACAGAGAAGGGGCCAAAGCUUGGCUCCAGGCGCUUCGGAAGGUGGCCUACCAGGCGAAUGAUGUCUUCGAUGAGUUCAAGUAUGAGGCACUCCGUCGGGAAGCCAAGAAGAAAGGGCACUACAAGAAGCUUGGGUUUGAUGUGAUAAAGCUCUUUCCUACUCACAACCGUGUUGUGUUUCGUUACAGGAUGGGCAACAAGCUUCGCCAGAUUCUUGAAGCACUUGAGGUCCUCAUCAUAGAGAUGCAUGCAUUUAGGUUUGAAUUCCGACCACAGCCACCAAUGCCUAAGGAUUGGAGGCAGACAGAUUCCAACAUCAUUGACCACCAGGAAAUUGCUAGCAAAUCCAGAGGCAAAGAGAAGGAGGAGGUUGUUAACAAAUUGAUUGGUGAUCAAGUGAGUAAUUCACAGCUUAUGGUCCUUCCCAUCGUUGGAAUGGGAGGGCUGGGCAAGACCACCUUAGCUCAGCUUGUGUACAAUGACUCUGAAGUUAAGAAGCAUUUUCAGUUGCAACUUUGGGUAUGUGUCUCUGAUAACUUUGAAGUUGAUUUAAUAGCUAAAAGCAUAGUUGAAGCAAAAGAGAAGAGCAGCAGUAAUUCAAGUGAAAAAUCACCACUGGAAAGACUAAAAGAAGCAGUGAGUGGGAAGAGGUACCUCCUUGUCUUGGAUGAUGUAUGGAACCGUGAUGUAAAUAAGUGGGGAAAGCUGAAAUCCAGCCUACAACAUGGAGGCAGCGGUAGUGCAGUCCUGACAACAACUCGUGAUCGAGUAGUUGCUAAAUUAAUGGCGGACACAACUCAUGAACCCUAUGAUAUCACAGGAUUACAUCCAGACUUCAUCAAGGAAAUUAUUGAGGCAAGGGCAUUCAGUUCAAAAAAGGAAAGGGAUGCUAAGCUAGUUGAGAUGGUUGGUGAUAUUGCAAAGAGAUGUGCUGGAUCUCCUUUAGCUGCUACAGCAGUUGGCUCCCUGCUUCAUACAAAGACCAGUGUGGAUGAAUGGAAUGCUGUAUUAAGCAAAAGCGCCAUAUGCGAUGACGAGACUGAAAUUUUACCAAUACUCAAGCUCAGCUAUAAUGGGUUGCCACCACAUAUAAGGCAAUGCUUUGCUUUCUGUGCUAUUUUCCCCAAGGAUUAUGAGAUAGAUGUGGAAAAGCUAAUCCAAUUAUGGAUGGCCAAUGGUUUUAUCCCAGAGCAACAUGGGGUGUGUCCUGAGAUCACUGGUAAAAAAAUCUUCAUGGACCUGGUGUCAAGAUCAUUUUUUCAAGAUGUGAACAAAGUCCCAUUUGAAGUCUAUGACAUAGAAGAUCCUAGAGUUACUUGCAAGAUUCAUGAUCUUAUGCAUGAUCUUGCACAGUCUUCUAUGGGAACAGAAUGUGCUACGAUAGUAGCAGAGCCUAGUCAGAGUGAUAACAACUUCCCAUAUUCUGCUCGACAUUUAUUUAUAUCUGUUGGUAUACCAGAAGAGAUUUUGAAUACUUCUAUGGAGAAAGGAUCUAUGGCUGUCCAAACACUGAUAUGCACUAGAUAUGCAUAUCAAGAUCUGAAGCAUUUGUCAAAAUACAGAUCCAUACGUGCACUAAGGAUCUACCGAGGUUCAUUAUUGAAACCAAAGUAUCUGCAUCACCUGAGGUACCUUGAUCUCUCGGAUAGAUAUAUGGAAGCACUUCCUGAAGAAAUAAGCAUCUUAUAUAAUCUACAGACUUUGGACCUUUCAAACUGUGGAAAGCUUAGACAACUUCCAAAGGAAAUGAAGUAUAUGACUGGCCUCCGUCACCUAUAUAUUCAUGGAUGUGAUGGGUUGAAGAGCAUACCCUCAGAGUUGGGAAACCUCACUUCCCUACAGACGCUUACAUGCUUUGUGGCAGGUACUGGCUCUGGCUGUAGUAAUGUGAGAGAACUUCGUCAGUUAGACCAGCUUGGUGGUCCACUAGAGCUAAGGCAACUAGAGAAUGUGGCAGAAGCAGAUGCGAAAGCAGCACAUAUUGGGAACAAGAAAGAUUUAACCAGGUUGACAUUAAGAUGGACGACUUCUCGAGAAAAGGAGGAACAAGAUAAGAGUACUAAGAUGCUGGAGGCCCUCAAGCCUCAUGAUGGUCUGAAGGUUCUAGAUAUAUAUGGCUAUGGUGGAGGCACUUAUCCAACUUGGAUUUGGAUGAAUACGUUGCAACAAAUGGUGAAGCUUACACUAUCGGGUUGCAAGAAUCUCAAGGAGCUUCCUCCACUGUGGCAGUUACCAGCUCUAAAGGUUCUUAGCUUGGAGGGAUUGGAAAGUCUUAAUUGCCUAUGCAGCGGUGAUGCAGCAGUCACGCCAUUUAUGGAACUGAAGGAGCUUUCACUGCGCAAGAUGCCAAACUUUGAGACAUGGUGGGUCAAUGAGUUACAAGGGGAAGAGUCAAUAUUUCCUCAGGUUGAGAAGUUGUCCAUAUACAACUGCGAAAGGCUGACUGCAUUGCCGAAAGCAUUAAUGAUUAAGGAUACUUCAGGAGGAGUUAUUAAUAAAGUGUGGCGCUCGGCAUUUCCAGCGCUGAAGAAAUUAAAAUUAGAUGAUAUGCAAACCUUUCAGAGAUGGGAGGCAGUCCAAGGAGAAGAGGUGACAUUUCCUCGGCUUGAGAAGCUUGUAAUUGGGCGGUGCCCAGAAUUGACUAGUCUCCCUGAAGCACCAAAUCUAAGUGAAUUGGAGAUCCAUAGAGGCAGUCAACAAAUGCUCGUACCGGUAGCAAACUGCAUCGUCACUGCUUCGUCGUUGUCGAAACUGGAGUUGUAUAUCGAUGACAGAGAGACAGCAUGGCCGGAUGGCGACAGCUUGAUUCAACUGGUGGAUGGCGAGGAGAAACAGAGUCACAAUAAAUCCCCUUCCGCUCUCACAGUUAUGGAGUUAUACAGGUGCAACGUUUUCUUCUCUCACUCAAGUGCUCUGGCGCUUUGGGCAUGUUUAGUGCAGCUUGAAGAUUUGGAAAUUAGAAAAUGCGAGGCUCUCGUCCACUGGCCAGAAGAAGUGUUCCAGAGCCUGAAAUCCUUGAGGAGCUUAAGAAUUCGGGACUGCAACAAUCUUACAGGACGCAGGCAUGCUUCUUCUGAGCAGUCUUCGACUGAACGGAGCAGUGUACUACCGGCAUCUCUCAAGUCAUUAUUUAUUGACAGCUGUCCUAAACUCGAGUCUAUCGCAUUCAGCAAGCAGCUGGAUACUAGUACGAGUUCACGAGGUGGUGCUGCAGCACAGGACGACAGAUCAGCAUUAAUUCAAGGGUCAGGGUCCUGCAACGACGCCACGGCAUCCACACCAGUUCCUAAGCUUCCAUCAUCAACUAGACAUCACUUCCUUCCUUGUCUAGAAUCUCUAAUAAUAUCCGAGUGCAAUGGCUUGACAGAGGUUCUCGAUCUUCCUCCGUCCAUCGAGACUUUGACAAUUUUUGGCUGCGACAAUCUUCGAGCCCUUUCAGGACAGCUGGAUGCCGUCCAAACAUUAAGUAUUGUGGGCUGCAGUAGCUUGAAAUCAUUGGAAUCUCUCUUAGGAGAGCUCGCUUUGCUGGAAGAGCUCUACCUUUCUCGUUGCAAAAGCCUGGUGUCAUUACCAAACGGGCCUCAAGCAUACUCAUCUCUCAGGAGUCUUACUAUCCAGUAUUGUCCUCGUAUAAAGUUGCUUCCCCAGAGCUUACAACAACGUUUGGGCGAUCUCAAGGACGAGGACAAACAACCAGAUGCCCAUUUUUACCAUGGGUUAAACUAUUGCAAAUAUGCUAUCAAGAGGCACUUUUGUGCUUGAGAUAUGCUGUCACCAUUCACCAGUCAAGACUUUUGCUACAAGUUGCUUCAAUUCCAUGAUGGUGGAGACCAGGUUUGCUCUGAUGAUUGUGGUCAGUGUUAGAGGCCAACACAGAACUGAUUUCUCAGGUACCGAGGAGCUCUCAGCAAGAUGGAUACAUCUGGCUAAGUUUGUUAGGAGUUUCCGGAAGUUAACAGAUGAUGUUUGGACUGGCUGUGGUAAUGGCUAACCAAGCGUUGACUCAAGUGCAUAGCAGUGCAAUGUUUGCUGGGCCACAGAUCACACCCAUUUGGCCAUUUGGCUCAUUCUUCCACUAGGCUCUGUUUUCGCCAGGAGGUGAGGAGCAGAUCUGUGUAGUGAGCUCGAAAGCCAAAGCUGAAGUAAGAUUUCAGAUAGGGUGUCACAGAUGUGAAGGACUGAAAGUGU